AUGAUGAUGAUGAUGAUGCUGGAGGAGUUUCAUUCAUGUGUCAGCAGCUCUCAGCUCUCCUCACUCACUCCAGCGGGCUUUAACUCAGCGCACUGAUGGCCAACGCGGGUCUGCAGCUCCUCGGGUAUGUCCUGGCCUCUCUGGGUCUCCUGGGUCUCAUCGCUUCCACAGCCAUGGCCGAGUGGAAGAUCUCCUCCUACGCCGGGGACAACAUCAUCACAGCCCAGGCCAUGUACGAGGGGCUCUGGCAGUCCUGCGUGUCCCAGAGCACAGGCCAGCUCCAGUGUAAAGUCUACGACUCCCUGCUGCAGAUCCCAGGGGAAGUUCAGGGCACUCGUGCUCUCAUGAUCCUCGCCGCCUUCCUGUGUGGCAUCGGCCUGUUGAUCGCCGCCGUCGGGAUGAAGUGCACAACCUGCCUGUCCGGCAACACCGAGCAGAAGAACAAGGUGGCCGUGGCCGGAGGCGUCCUCUUCGUCAUCGCAGGGGUGUGUGCUCUUAUUGCCACAAGCUGGUAUGGAGAAAACAUAAGACGCAAGUUCUUCGAUCCGUUCACUCCGACUAAUUCGAGGUAUGAGUUCGGCAAGGCUCUGUACGUGGGCUGGGGAGCGUCGGCGCUGACUGUCAUCGGUGGAAGCAUGCUGUGCUGUAACUGUCCCAGCAAAGCCGCUGGGAAAACCUACCCGCCUCCCACACGCGCAGCAGCACGGCCAGGAGCGGAGCGCGUGUGAAUCAGGAACAGCAGAACACACACCUCGGUCUGCUGAGUGAACACAC